AUGGCGUCUUCGAGGGCGAAUGAGGUGUUGAAAGAUUUGGUUGGAGCACUCGAUCUAUGUCGGGUGCGUGAGGAGAGGAACUUGGGUGAUGGCGAUGCAGAGAGUACAAAGCAUGACUUCGAUAUUGAGUACGAUGAGUCAACAAUCUCAAAGGUCCGCUUCACAGACUGCGAAGUUCGAAAUGUCCACGUGAAGGACUGCAACUGGAACAACGUCACGUUCACGGAUUGCAGGUUCUCGGACACGACUUUCAACGCGGUCAAGCUGGAGAAUGCGCACUUAUAUAAUGUCGACUUCCAUCAAGUCACAUUCGACAAGAUCGAGUUCAAGGACGUUCGCUGGACUGGAGAAUACCUGGAUAAUGCUUUCGUCUCUACCGAACACCUGGGUUACGCUGAUGGACAUGGAGGCCUGCCUGUCCGAGUACUCCACACUUCACGACACAGCCGGACAACGGGAGGCUUCAACUAUCGAGGAGAAAGAAGGGCAGAGCGUAAAGAAGAGCUUCUUGCGCGCUCUGAGCUGACGCAGGUCGAGCUCGUAGUCUCGCAACGCCCCCAAACAGAGCUGCUGAAGCUUCCGGACAAUGUCUUCUCCACCAUAGUCGGGAUUCUGUGCCCACCAGGUCGUGUCAGGAUUGUCGACUUUCCGAAAGGACUGAAAGCGCCUCUACCUACGGAACAGACGACAUACCUGGUGAAACGAGCUGGUAGGAUAGACCGAUGCACGUACCUUGGCUGGCCAAUGAUUGUCACUGCUUCUUCCUUCAUCGGCAAUGCAGAGGAGGCUCCGUCCCUUGAACUUUGCGCCAACCUGCUUCGAGUGAACUGGAAGCGCUACAACUGCAGCGUUGACAAGCUCUACGACCGGACGUUCCAUUUCCACGGCAGCGCAAAUGCUUGCCUUGCCUUCUUACAUGACCAUCCCGCCAGAAUCAAGAGAGUCCGAAUCAGUGGGCUCGGCUUCACGACAAGUUGGUCGAGGAUCGCUACCAUCUUGACCUAUGGCUUCCCUGAGCUUGAAAGCCUGACUAUACAAUGGGACGACUCUUUCUGGGACACGCCGAGUUGGAAGGAUUUGUGUGCUUCCGGGGCAGCUGAUUCUCUCAUAACCUCCGCAGUAAAUGAUGGCUUCGAAGAUCAAGAGGAUGCAAUGUUAUCUACACAGCUCGCAGACCUCAGGCAUGUCGCUAGCAUUCCGUUCGGGGCCGCCCCCAGGCUGAUCAUCUACUAUUACAUCCGGGGACAAGAGCACGACGGCACCAGGAAAUCACUCGUGCGAAAGCUCAACGUCGCAAUACACAACAAGAGAGUGGGCCUAUCUGUGCCCCCAGUCAUUCGACACAUCUGUUCCAUGAAGCAGCUUGAACAAUGCCCGUUCGGCGUCCGACCACCUACACAUCUAUUCGAUCUGCCACAAAGUGUUCUCACGCGGAUCUUUCGGCAUGCAUUUCCCGCUAAAGGAAUCAAUAUCCUCGAUUAG